AUGGCCGAACCAACACCGAAAAUCGACGACGGGGAGGCGACGAACGAAUCCACAGCCCAACAGCCGACUGCUACCGUACCGGCAGUGGAUGCUGACGAGGGAAAGGAGAAGACCGAGUAUAAGACUACAAUUGAACAACCGGCAGCAGAAUCCAGCGUCGCCGUCGCCGACUCAGAUCUCAAGGGCAAGGAGAAGGACGAAACGCCGAAGCCGCGAGAGGGCGAUUCAUUGUCGAUAGGGCCUACUGAGCCACCGGCACCCGUCCCUGAGGCUGACGCUAACACCGUCGAGGCGCCGGUCUGCGCCAUCACGCUGCUACUCCCCACUGGCGCCCGCCACCCGUACCGGAUCGAUGAAAAGUACCUCGCCAAGCGGAGCGUUGAGAUGCCGGAUGUGACGGAAUCCGGGGUGCGCGACCCAUUUAGCAUCUCCAUCUAUAAACUGAAGGAGUUGAUUUUGCGGGAGUGGCGGGAGGAGUGGGAGGGUAAACCGGCGAGCCCGAGUAGCAUUAGGUUGAUCCAUUUCGGAAAACUGCUGGAUGAUAAGGAGCAAUUGAAAAAAUACCAGUUUAGCCACGACAGUCCAAACAUCCUUCACAUGUCGGUGCGACCACCUGAGAUGAUGGAGGAAGAGGAGACGAGCAAGAGCAAGAGUCACGGCCGUGAGGGGCGGAAUCGUGACGGCGGUAAUGGCUGCUGUGUUAUCCUCUAA